AUGAGCGGCCAAUCACACGCGAAUGGCAGCGGCCCGGGGCGGAGAAAGGUGCGCAAGGGGACGCACAGCUGUUGGGAAUGCCGACGACGGAAGAUCCGGUGCCAAUACACGCACGACAAUGACACGAUCUGCAUUGCCUGCCGGGCACGAGGCUCGGCGUGUCGCAGCCAGGAAUUUGCGGACGAGGCCGUGGCCGUGGCGCCGGAACGCAAGGUGACGUUACGGCUAGACCGAUUGGAAUCGAUGAUGGAGCGGCUGAUGCAGCACAUCCUGAUGAGGCGGUCGGGCGAGUCAGUACGCGGCGGCAGCAGCUCAGCGGCAGCAUCACAGCGGUCGUACGUGCGGCCGUCAUCGCCGGCCUUUUCCAGCGGAGACGCAGAUAGAGACGGAGACGGAGACGGAGACGGGGACGAAAGCUUACCGGCUGUGAGCGACAUGCUCACGGACCUGCCGACAGUGGCAGCCCGGGCCUGUCCGACAAUGUUGAAGAAGCACGGCUACGCGCACAUGGACGUGUUUGACACGUCGGCCGCGGACGACACGCCUGUGGCAGCACUGCUGGGCAUUCAGCAGUCGCUCGCACACGCCGACUUGGACGUGAUGGCACGCGGACCGCCGGCAUACCACGUCGUCUCGCUCUUCCACAGCCAGCACGAUCGGGACGCAGGGCGUGGCGAGACGCCCGAGAGCCUGGCCGAAGUGCCACCGGCCGGCAGCCACCCAACGCUGGUGGCACGACGGCUGCUACAGCUGACACUCUGCAUGCAGCAGGCAGCGCCACAGCUGCAGCUCGCAGGGCUGCCAGACGGGCUCCGGCUGAUCGACGUGGUCGGCCGCAUCGCCGACAUGGUGGCUCACACGGUGGCAGCAAGCGACGAGCUGAUCGGCAACGUCGAGGGCCUGCAAUGCCUCGUGUUGCUGGGCCAGCAGCAGUCCAAUUGCGGACACCUGCGCCAGGCCUGGCUGAGCUAUCGUCGCGCCCUCGGCCUAGCCCAGUUGAUGGGCCUCGAUCGCGGCAAUACGCGCGCGCUAAGGUCAUGUGACCCGCACGAAGACCCCAGCCGCCGGCCUUCGCCUGCAGCUCUGUGGUACCGGAUCAUCGCGUGCGAGCGCUACCUGUCGCUGAUGCUGGGCCUGCGUGCCGGCACGCCCGACGGUGUCUUCGACCUGCCGACCGACACGCCCGUCGAGCGGCUGGCCAAGGCCCACACGCUGCUGACCGGCCGUCUGAUCGAGCGGAACCAGCACCACCAGGGCAGUAGUCCUCCCUACGCCGUGACCCAGGCCAUCGAUGCCGACUUGCAAGCUGCCGCCACGUGCGACCUUGAUCCUGCCUGGUGGGACGUGCCGGCCUACGACCCUGUCAGCGCGUCGCCCGCCUGCAUCUUCGGCCAGACUACCCGCUCCAUCCUGCAGGUCAACCACUACUGCAUCCUGAUCAUGCUGCAUCUGCCCUUUAUGUUGCGCGGCAGCGACUCAGCCGCUGCUGCUGCUGCUGCCACGGCCAAGACAUCGACGGUCGCUGGACAGCCGACGACGGCCACCUCGGCUCCAACUCUCCCCUUUACCACGUCAGCAUCAGCUCCCACCACCGCUAUGCUCACCUACAGCAGAGAUACGUGCAUGCGGGCCAGCCGUGCGCUGCUGCGCCGCUUCACCAGCUUCCGCCAGCUCGUCAGUUCGGCCAACUCGUGCCGCCACGUCGACUACUCCUCCCUCAUUGCCGCCAUGACCCUCAUCAUCGGCUACCUGGGCCCACGCCCGUCCACCAGCCUUCCGGCCGCCGUCCAGGCCGCCUUUGACGACCAGCUGCUCCAGGAUCGCGCCAUGGUCGAGCAGGUCCGCCUCCUCAUGCUGCACUUUGGCAACACCAACAAGGACCGCCUCUCGCUCGAGUCGGCCGCCACCAUCCAGAAGCUGCUGCCGCUCCUCGACCUCGUCUUUUCCACGCCCGAAGCUGCUGCCGCCACGAAGCUGCCGAGCACCGCUCCAUUCCACCAUCAACAGCAACAGCAACAGCAACAGCACACGACCAACAGCAUCGGCACGUCCCCCUGUCCCUCCCUCUCUCCCAACAGCCAUUUUGCCGCUGCCAUAACAUACGCUCCGGCACCGGCAUCGGUCGCUGCUCCUUCCAUGUCCCCCGUGCGCCUCAACGUGCCCUACCUUGGCACCGUUAACAUCCACCCCAACAUAGCUGCCCCGGCCGGCGUGCAGACCGCUGCCAUCCCUCCGCACCUGUAUCAGAAUCAGAACCAGCAUCAGCACCAGCACCAGCACCAGCAUCCGGCGUCGGCCCUCUCCUCGUCCACCUCUUCGCCGUCGCCCUUUGGCCUGCUCUCUCCACAGCCGGCCGUGCUGUCCUGGCACGGCGGCGACCUGUCGAUGGCCGAAACUGGACCGCUGGACGUCCCCGACCUCAGUACCAUGCUCGUCGACUUUGACACCAUGACAGACGGCAACGGCGCCGCAUUCGACGGCUUCGGCGCCUCUGCCGCCUUCCCCGACAUGACAGGCGCGUCCGACGACUGGGCAAUGCAGGGCGUCGACACGACGUACUGGUCACUCCUCAACGGAGGCGGCGGCGCCUUUGGUUGGGGGGCAUGA